UCCCUAUCGGACCUCAACUUCUUGCGCUUCAGAGGCCAGCUGACAGACAAGACAACUGACUGAUCGAAAAUAAUAAUAAUAAUAAUAAUAACGUUUGGAUUCAAAGUUUUAAAGACACAGAAACUAAGGAAGAGCUAACCAAGCAAACAGACUGCAUUAUAGACUAAAGAAAGAAACCCUCAACAAAAAUAACAACAGCAGCAGAUGGACUGACUGGCACAACAGACAGACACAUAUCAACUCUCUGACGACCAGCCGGCGCCUCACAUAAAUGGCUGACAAGCAGAUCAGUUUGCCUGCCAAAUUGAUAAAUGGUGGGAUCGCAGGGCUGAUUGGUGUGAGCUGUGUGUUUCCCAUUGACCUGGCCAAGACCCGCCUGCAGAACCAGCAAAAUGGGUCACGACUCUACACCAGCAUGUCUGACUGUCUUAUCAAGACCAUCCGCUCAGAGGGAUACUUCGGGAUGUACAGAGGGUCUGCGGUGAACUUAACCCUGGUCACUCCAGAGAAAGCCAUCAAGCUAGCAGCAAAUGACUUCUUCAGACAAUACCUCUCCAAGGAUGGGUAA